AUGACGGCUACCAGUGCUGAACCCAUUGCCUUAAUUGGCAGUGCGUUUCGGUUCCCUGGGGAUUCAGAUACCCCAUCAAAGCUUUGGGAGCUUCUACGUAACCCACGAGACCUUCUUCGCAAAAUCCCUGAAGAUAGAUUUGAUGCGGAUGCAUUCUAUCAUCCAGAUGGCAGGCAUCAUGGAACAUCGAAUGUGCGCCACUCAUACUUCGUUGAUCAGGAUCCGGGUGAGUUCGACAAUGGAUUUUUCAAUAUCCCGGUGGCCGAGGCCGAGGCAAUUGAUCCACAGCAAAGGAUGCUCAUGGAAACGGUAUAUGACUCUCUAUGUGCCGGAGGGCAAACUAUCGAGGAACUCCGUGGAUCACCCACUUCCGUCUUUGUCGGUCUAAUGUGCGAUGACUGGAGCGGUAUGAUGGGGAGAGAUAUCGAAACUUAUCCUCAAUAUGCGGCAACCGGAACGGCGAGAAGCAUCAUGUCAAACAGAAUAUCUUACUUCUUUGACUGGCACGGCCCAUGUAUGACAAUCGACACUGCAUGCUCAUCCAGUCUGGUUGCUGUCCACCAAGCUAUACAGACUCUUCACAGUGGUGAAUCCAAAGUUGCGAUUGCUGCAGGGGCGAAUUUGAUUCUGAGUCCAGGUAGAGAUCCACUUAUAAUCAUUUCAAACUUGAAGAAAAUCCUGCUAACAAGACUGGCAGCUAUGUAUGUCGCUGAGAGCAAACUUUCGAUGCUUUCUCCCAAUGGAAGGUCACGGAUGUGGGACAAGGAUGUUGAUGGAUAUGCUCGUGGCGAGGGUAUUGCAGCAGUUGUUCUGAAAACGCUCAGUGCUGCCAUUCGCGAUAAUGAUAACAUUGAGUGCAUUAUUCGAGCCACUGGUGUAAACCAGGAUGGACGCACGCCCGGAAUUACCAUGCCCAGUGGAACGGCACAGGCUGCACUAAUCAGAGAUACAUACCGUCGAGCUGGUCUCGACAUCGAGAAGCCCGAGGACCGACCACAAUUCUUUCACGCCCACGGUACUGGAACGGCUGCUGGUGACCCUGAAGAAGCCCAGGCCAUCUCGACUGCAUUCUAUUCAAAGCACGAUUUUCAUGACAAACUCUACGUUGGUUCGAUCAAAACAGUGAUUGGUCACACUGAAGGCACGGCUGGCCUGGCGAGUCUCAUCGCAACAUCCCUCGCUCUUCAAAAUAAAACAAUCCCUCCCAAUAUGCAUUUUAAUACAUUGAAUCCGAAACUGGAACCAUUCUAUCGUCACCUAGAAGUUCCCACACAAUGCAUUCCCUGGAAAGAAUCAUACCCUGGACAGCCACGACGAGCUAGCAUUAAUAGUUUUGGUUUUGGUGGUACCAACGCCCAUGCCAUCCUCGAAGAAUAUAAACGACCCGAAAAUGACCCCCGCCAGCUGGAACUGGAUUCUUCCCAUUCCGCGUCCAAGCUCCUUUUCAGCCCUUUAACCUUCUCAGCAGCUUCAGAGCUCUCCUUGAACUCCAUGCUUUCAUCGUAUCUCGAAUAUCUACAGUCAAAUCCAAAUUUAAACUUGCAUGACCUUGCCUACAGUCUCCAGUCACGAACAUCAACACUACCAUACCGAGUGGCGAUAAAGGGACCUACCAAAGAUGACAUAUGCGACCAAUUCCAGGGUAUCAUCGGCGGGCAGAUCGAAAGCACCGUUGAGACGCGACAGCUUGUAAAACAAUCGCAAAGAAUUCUGGGUGUCUUUACCGGGCAAGGAUCUCAGUGGGCACGUAUGGGUGCGAGGCUGCUUGAAUCUUCUCCGUUCAUGGCCCGCCGGAUGUCAGAGCUUGACACAGUAUUAGCUGGGGUGCCUAUAGAUUUGCGUCCUUCGUGGAAAUUACAGGAAUUGAUUCUUGCACACCCGGAGGAUUCCAGAAUCAACGAUGCUGCUAUCUCACAGCCUGUCUGUACUGCCGUUCAAAUUGUGCUUGUUGAUUUGCUGAACGCCGCCCGUGUCAAAUUCGACGCCGUUGUUGGACACUCUUCUGGAGAGAUUGGGGCUGCAUACGCCGCUGGUCUACUGACAGACCGUGACGCAAUCAGAGUUGCUUAUUUCAGAGGACUUUACGCCAACUUGGCAAAAUCACCCAACAGUAGUAGCAAGGGGUCUAUGAUGGCCGUGGGUACCACUCUGGAGGAUGCCACUGAAUUCUGCGAACUCGAGGACUUCGAGGAAAGGAUUCAAAUCGCUGCUCAAAACUCACCAUCUAGCAUCACGCUAUCUGGAGACGAAGACGCCGUUGUGGAAGCUGUGGCAAUCUAUAAUGAUGAGGGCCGCUUUGCGCGCCAGCUAAAGGUUGACACAGCUUAUCAUUCUGCACAUGUUGCGCCAUGUGCUGAAUCAUAUCGGAAUGCUCUCGAGCUGUGUGAACUGGAUGCCCCCAGUCCCACGGGGAUCAGGUGGUAUUCGAGUGUGCAAAGUGGUCAUGUCAUGGAGCCUCACAAUUUGGACGCACAAUAUUGGAUCGACAACAUGGUUAACCCAGUCUUAUUUUCAUCAGCAGUUACCAAGGCGUGGACCGGAAGCGGUCCUUUCGAUAUAAUCCUCGAGGUUGGACCACAUCCCGUACUCAAAACACCCUGUCUUGACACAAUCGAAACGAUCUCUGGGCACCGACCCCCUUAUUCUGGAGUAUUGAGAAGAGGAGCCAAUGAUGUAGAAGUCUUCUCUGAUGCUCUGGGCUUUGUCUGGACUGAGCUGGGUGCUGGAUCCGUCGAUUUCAGAAAUUUUGAAUGCACAAUAUCUGAGAAUGACAUCAAGUCAAAAUUCCUCCCUACCUUACCCAAGUACCCUUUCGAUCACUCAAAAAAAUUCAUGUCCUUGUCUCGUGGAUCGGGGCUAUACCGCAAUGCCCAGGGGAAGCCCCACCCUUUGCUCGGCAGGAGAUGUCAAGACAGAGAAACGUUGGACUUCAUCCAGUGGCGCAAUAUUUUGAGCGCAAGAGAAAUAUCCUGGCUGAAGAACCAUCAAAUUGAAAACCAAACAAUCCUUCCCGCGGCUGGAUACGUUUGCAUGGCAAUUGAGGCCAUCAGUGAUUACGCCAAAGACUCAAAGAUUGGUCUUAUUGGUAUUCGAGAUUUCCAUAUUGAUCGAGCUAUUGUAUUCAAUGACAACAGCCCCGAGAUAGAAACUCUCAUCAACUUGCGCAUUGUGAGCAAGACCGAUGAAUCUGUCACUGCUGAGUUCUCUUGCUCCUCAGGUGCAGUUCACGAGCGCAAGUCUAUGAUGGCAUUCAACACCAGUGGUACAGUGGAAGUGAAAUUUGCAAGUCUCGAGCCGGAUGCUCUUCCUCCUGUGGAUCUAGACGAUCUCAGUCUUAGUGAAGUUGACUCUGAUCGAUUCUACAAUUUCUUAUCUGGUGUCGGGUACAACUACACCGAACCGUUUCGAGGCAUCACUGAAAUUCGACGGAAGGCAGAUUACGCUACAGGAAGAAUCUGCGAUCAAUCGGGUAGUGACUGGGAAGACAGUUUAAUCGUUCACCCCGGCAUGCUCGAUACAGCUUUACAAACUGCCUUCGCGGCAUUCUGUUGUCCAGGAGAUGAAAGACUGUGGUCUCUUCAUGUCCCAACAGGCAUUCGUUCAAUGCUCAUCAACCCCUACUUCACCCACACAGGAAUUGGCAAACAGACAGAACUUCAAUACGUCACAGCUACGAGACAGGAUAGAGAAGCAAAGAUAUACGCUGACAUCCAUCUUUCCGCUGGUGAUUCAAAUCAUACUUUUUUGCAGAUUGAAGGCACUGAGCUCGUGCCAUUGACUCCUACAGGACCCAGCAACGAUGCGCUCUUAUUCUCCCGGCUCGAGUACAAGUUGGCGACCCCAGAUGCGGAUUCUGCAGCAUUGAACUUUUCUUACACUCAAGAGGACAUUCAAUUGUCUCUGGACGAGGAGCGAAUUGCGUUCUACUACUUCCGACAACUUCUUCAGUUAGUUACCAUGGACGAGUUGGAUAGGUCAGUGCCAUAUUACCGUCAUCUUCUCAAUUAUGCAAAGCACAUGGUACCACUUGUCUCUACGGGGCAGCACGCCUGCGUACCGGCCUGUGCUCAGCAUGAUACAGAAGGCUACAUCAAUGAUCUCAUCGCCAAACAUCCUGAUGAGGUCUCCGUUCGCUUCCUUCAAUCAGUCGGCAAAAACUUACCCCAAGCAGUCAAAUCUGGCUCCAGCAUGCUUGAGCACAUGUUCAAAGACUCGAUGAUGGACAGGAUGUAUGAUCUGGGCUUCGGUGUUGGGCCGAUUAACGACAUCCUGGCGCAUGUGGUUGGCCAGAUAUCGCAUCGUUAUCCUCACAUGAACUUGCUUGAGAUAGCAGCUUUUUCAAUAAGGCACAGGGGGGGCCUCAAGAAGUUUGAAGAUCGCAUGAUAUUCAAGACCUUUGACAUGGUCCAGUCCCCAGAAUCGCAGGGCUUUGAUGAAGGAUCAUACGACGUUGUUAUUGCUUCUAAUGUGUUGCAUAUCAGUUCUAACAUCCAAGAGGCGGUCCAGAAUCUUCGCCGCCUCCUGAAACCAGGUGGCUACGCUGUCAUCUUGGAUGUUGCCCACAAUGAAAGUCUUCGCAUCUCCCUGACAAUGGGAAGUUUGCCAGGAUGGUGGCUCGGCGCAGAAAGCGGACGAGUUCUCGGCCCUGCGCUCACAUUGCCCCAAUGGGAUACAUUUUUAAGCAACUGCGGAUUUGGAGGAAUUGACACUGCAACACCUUCGUUUCAUGCAACGAAUCCGCUACACGUCUUUUGCGCCCAGGCUGUAAAUGAACGUGUUGAGAUUCUGCGUGCGCCUCUCACGCAUCCAGCCAGGCUUAAAGGAUUUACCCCACUUGUGAUCGUUGGAGGAAGGCAAUUUGAGACUCAUCGUAUCUGCGGACAGCUAGUUUCUAUGGUCGGACCCAUGUUCGCAUCUGUCCAUCGCUUCGUCUCCAUCGAGGAAAUGAACUCGAGUGGCUUGGCCGAAGGGAGUACGGUCCUAUCAUUGACAGAGCUGGAUGAGCCACUCCUCGCUAUGACCACUCCACAGAAGAUAGAUGCGUUGAAGACAAUCUGGCGGCAAGCAAAGAACAUACUGUGGGUCGUGAACAGAUCCAGAGGAGAAAAUGCCUACUCUCAGAUGGUGAAUGGUAUUGCUCGUUGUAUUCGACAUGAAUAUCCUGCCAUCACCCUGCAGAUCCUUGAUUUUGACUGCAUUACGAAAGAGACUGCUAGCAUGAUCGCAGACAGCGUGUCCAACUUGCAGAUGCUCAGCAACUUCUCUAUAGAAACCCACGACGAAGACAUUAUGUGGUCUCUAGAGCCUGAGGUAUACAUUGAAAAUGGUGUGAAGCUGAUCCCACGGCUGUUGCCAUGUGAUGCCAGUAACAAGCGAUACAAUACUACCCGGCGAGUCGUUACGGAGGAUGUCGAUCCGCAAAAAACAGACCUGACAUUUGCUUCAGAGGAGGAUCGACCGGGAGUGCAGCAGCAUUCCCCUUUGCGUAUCCAUAGGGCCUUGUCAUUCAUAUGCCAAACAAGAAGAAUUCGCGUCACUCAUUUCUUGCUAUCAAGCCUGAGCAUUGUUUCUGGAGCAUACUUACGGCUAUGUAUUGGUGUGGAUACGGCGACACAGGAGAGGCUUUUCUUUGCUUCGUCCAUGGCAGAGUCAUCAACAGAGGUUCCCGCAGACUGGUGCAUUGCUCUGGAUCAGGGUGAUCCCAUCGCGAUCCUCAACACAAUCUCAUCCUAUCUUCUGGCUCGGAGUAUCACUCAGUCAUUGACUGGAUAUGAUACACUUCUCCUUCAUGACCCUCAUUCAACGGUGGUUCAAUCUUUGCAUAAAAUGCUGGAGGAUAUGUCAAUCUCAUUGCAGGUUACAACUUCCAAGAGGAACGCUCCAAACGGAUGGCUAUACGUUGACAAGAACUUCUCACAGCGCCGGGUUAAAGAUAUUCUUCCCGCCUUCACCACCAAGUUUCUCGACCUGUCUUCAUCCUCGAUGGUCUCUGAGGUUAUUACAAAAUGUCUUCCGCGCAAUUGUCAUAUCAUUGAUUCCGCAACCCUCCUUUACCCCGGAAUUGAGCUUCGGGCAUUUGUUUCUGCAGCCGAGGUCGCUGCUGUCUUGAAGGAAGCUUGGGAUCGAACUAUCCCGGUUCCACUCAAAGCCGAGAGUCUUCCUGUGGUACCUUUGGCGACUCUCACAGAAUACUCCGCCGCAGGAGAGAGCAGAUUUUCUAUCAUUGACUGUACAGGCCCUUCGGUUAAAGCUCUCGUUCGUCCCAUUGAUGAUGGUAUGCUCUUCCGACCGGAUAGGACAUACUUCAUGGUCGGUCUAUCUGGCGAGCUGGGUCAAUCACUCUGCAAGUGGAUGGUGGUUCAUGGAGCAAGGCAUGUGGUACUUACGAGCCGAAACCCCAAGGUGGACCCCAGAUUUAUCAGCUUGAUGAAGAGAAUGGGAGCGGACAUGAGAAUAAUGCCCAUGGAUGUCACAAGCCAUGAGUCUGCACAGCAUUGUUACGAAACGGUUGUCAAGACCAUGCCUCCAAUCGCAGGAGUCGCAAACGGCGCUAUGGUACUCAGAGACACGCCUUUUGAAAACCUUGACUAUGAUGAUUUCAUGACAGUUCUCAAUCCUAAAGUGCAGGGAUCGCUUAUCUUGGAAGAUCUAUUUCAUGAUGCGCCUUUGGAUUUCUUCAUCUUCUUCAGUUCUACUGCGGCUGUCAAGGGCAACAGAGCGCAGAGUAACUAUGCUGCCGCUAAUCAAUUCAUGCAUUCACUUGCCGCGAAGAGGAAGAAGCGUGGUGCAGCCGCCUCUGUUAUUAAUAUCGGCGCUGUGAUUGGCAUUGGCUAUGUCGAGCGUGAUGAUGUUGUCAACGAAUUCACCUUCGCCAGAAUGGGGUUCAGACCCAUUGCGGAACAGGAUAUUCACCAUGCCUUCGCUGAGGCGAUGCUGGUUGGAAACCCUGCGUAUACCGAAACAUGUGAAGUUGUCACAGGAAUAUCACCACUCAACCCCGAUGAUAGAGCGGUCGACUUCUUCUUUAGUGAUCUCAAGUUCAGCCACUUCGUUUCCCAAGUUCCCGCAGAGCAAGCCACCAUGAGCAAGACUGCCAACAACCAACCAGUCAAAGUGCAGCUUGCGAAAGCUAAAACGAAAAUUCAUGUUCUCUCAAUUAUCCAAGAUUCAUUCCUAGCACGCCUCCGUCGCAUCUUGCAACUACCACAAGAUGACCCUAUCAAUGAAAAGCUCACUUUUGUCGAGCAAGGCAUUGAUUCUCUCAUGGCAGUUGAGGUCCGUUCGUGGUUUCUCAAGGAGCUUGGCGUGGAUUUCGCUAUCCUCAGAAUCCUCGGAGGCAGCUCCAUCACGGAGUUUAUCGAUGAAGCAGCCAAAAUGCUGCCAAGCUCUAUUGUCGAUAUCUCCAAACUGGCGGUUGGCCAAAAAGAGACAGCUAAAAUUGAAAUGGCACAGCCAGAACCUGAAUCUAUCCCGAGAGAUGAAGCCAGGUCUCUAGGCGUGAGUGGGGAGAUACCUACAUCAAGCGGUAGCAGCAGUGACACCAGCUCUGAUGGAGACGAUUCUUCACUUGACACGUCAAAGUCUGGAACGUUUACGCCGGACCUGUCUUUGGCUAGCACUCCAGUGACUCCCAUGUUGCUCUCGCCUACGGACUUUAUCAGACACCCAGCCAGUCAGUUGCCUGGAUCCGCAUUGCCGGACGAACUGACUUACCCUCUGUCGUACAACCAAAGUGCAUUCUGGUUUUUGAACGAGUAUCUGACUGACAAGACAACGCUCAACAUGACUGCGAUGUUCAAGGUAACUGGCCUUCUCCGGAUAAUGGAUUUGGAGGAAGCUGUCACGUUGACCGUCAAGCGCCACGACAUCUUACGCACACGUUUUCUUUGGACUGAAGAGGCCGAUCAGAGACGACCUGUGCAGGCUGUCACACCUAAGGCAUUCGUCGGAAUCUCUCAAGAGAGUAUCGAAUCGGAGGCCGAAGCAAAUGGUGUGCUGGAAAGAGUUGGCGAAGAACCAUGGGACUCUAGUAGCUCUGAUGCGGCCAAAGUCUUAUUGCUGGAGUUGUCGGAUGAGAUUCAUUUUCUGAUCAUCUCCAUGAAUCACAUCAUGGCGGAUAGUUACAGCUUUGCGGUCCUUCUACGUGAUAUUGGCGUCGCCUAUAGCUCGGGGAUAUUGCCUAAACUUCCAGCUGAGUCGCAGUACAGAUAUUUCGUCAGUCAACAAAGAGGAUUGCAUGAGGUCGGUGGAACACAAGCAUCGAUCCAAUACUUCCAAGAUACCUUAGCACCUUCUUCGGCCUAUCUGCAACCAAUACAGCUCCUACCGUUUGCCAAGUCAACGACACGACAACGAUUAAGUCGCCACUCUCAGGAAGAGGCUGAAAUCCAGAUUGACUCGGUGCUCAAGAGCAAGUUACGAAGCAUCGCCAAGCAACACCAAUCGACCUCAUUCCAUGUCUACCUUAGCGCCUUGCAACUCCUCUUAUUCAAUUUACUCCCAAGAAGUACCCAGGACAUUUUCAUCGGCAUCGCCGAUGCGAACCGAAGGGACGGCAACUUCCAAGAUAGCAUAGGACUGUUUCUGAACCUCCUGCCUCUACGAUUCCACCGAAGCUCGGCAAACGCCACCAUUGCGUCAGUCAUUCAGACCGCUCGGGAUGCGACAUAUGGGGCACUGUCCAACUCACAAGUUCCCUUCGAUGUGCUUUUGCAGGAGCUCAAUAUCCCGCGUUCCAACAACUACACUCCUCUCUUCCAGGUGUUCCUCGAAUACAAGCAGCUCUCUCCAGAUCGUCCUAAUUGGGGCGAAUGUACAGUCAAUGGCGAUACAUGGAUCAACAUGAACACUGGAUACGAUCUGUUCUUAGAUGUCAAUGAGUACACUAACACUGGCUGUACCAUCAACCUACGACUGCAAGAUACUCUCUAUUCCAAAAAGAGCGCCGAAUUGCUUCUCCGCUCUUACGUCAAGGUCUUGGAAUACAUCGCAGAUGCGAGCGACGCUACGGUUGGAGGUGUUCCCACAUGGUCUGAACACGAUAUCCAACCUGCUUUGGCAGCCGGAUCGCAGGUUCCUCUCCAGCCCCGGUGGGAGCCAACCCUCAGUGCACGUCUGGAUAAAAUGAUCGAGGAAAACGACACAAGGAUUGCUUUGAAAGAUGGGAAUGAAGUGGUCUUGAAUUAUGAGCAAAUGGGAGCUCGCAUUGACUACUUGACGAAUACUCUCCUUGCAUCAGGCGUUGAGAAAGGUACCGUUGUGGGCGUUCUUCAGGAACCUUCAACCGAUUGGAUCUGCUCUCUGCUAUCGGUGCUACGCGCAGGAUGUAUUUACUUGCCGCUCGACUUGAAAAACUCCGUCCCUCGCCUGGCCAGCAUCGUCAAGCUCGCCAAGCCAUCAAUCAUGCUCACAGACCGAUCAGUGAGCGACAAGGUUGCAAUGAUCGAUGCCAGCCAUGCUACUGAAUUUGUAGUGUCAGAUAUGAAGACGCCUGAGCAGGUUGAAAAAUCGAGAAAUCUUGCUGAGCGUGAUGCUCCGGCUGUUCUUCUAUUCACCAGUGGAACAACAGGAGAGCCAAAGGGCGUGAUACUCAGAAAUGAGAAUCUCAUUGCAAAUGCCGAAGCCAGCAGUCUGAUUUAUCCUGCGGGACCUGACUUGGUAGUAUUGCAGCAAACUGCCUUCAGUUUCGAUUUCUCUCUUGAUCAAGUGCUGGCCGCGUUGACUAAUGGUGGCUGUCUCUACGUUGUUCCGUCGCGUAUUAGAGGAGAUCCGAUCGCGAUCAGUCAAAUCAUGCUGGAAGAAAAGAUUACUUACACUUCAAGCACACCAUCGGAGUUUGACUUGUGGCUACGAUAUGCUUCUGAACCUCUCAGCCGCUGCCACUCGUGGAGAUUCGCUUUCCUUGCUGGGGAGAGCAUGAGCCGCAAUCUUGCUCUAGAGUUCCAUGCUCUCAAGCUUUCACAGUUGCGUGUUUUCAAUGGAUUUGGUCCUACUGAGGGAACUUGCAUUGCAGCAAAGAUUGAGCUCGAUUAUCAAUUCCCUGGAGACCCUGUCCCUGACGGAUUUCCGAUGCCAGGCUAUACAUGCGUUAUCGUUGACGAAUCUUUGCAGCCAGUACCCGCAGCUGUAUCCGGAGAGAUCCUACUUGGGGGUCCCUGUGUGGCGUCUGGCUAUCUCAACAACCCUGACGCGACAAGAGAAAAGUUCAUCCCUGAUUCAUUCUUCGGGACGUCCAAAUCCAUGUAUCGUACCGGCGACCGCGGCCGCCUUCUAGCUGACGGUACACUAUACUGCGAAGGCCGCCUGGCAGGCGACACUCAGAUCAAGCUUCGUGGAUUCCGCAUUGAACUCGGUGAGAUUGAAAGAUCUAUCGUCAAGCAUUCCGAUGGUGCCAUCUCUCAAGCUAUUGUCACGCUGCGUGGCACUGGAGAAGAGAGCUACCUAGCGGCGCAUGUUGUCUUUGCACUUGACCUGCCAGUUGAAGCCCGAGAAAGGACAAUCCAGGUCAUCAGACGCAGCUUACCCUUACCCUCAUACAUGAGGCCCUCCGCUAUCAUAGCCAUCGAUGAUAUUCCUCGAACCGCUCAUCUGAAGAUCGACCGACGCGCGAUUCAAGAACUGCCUAUUGAACAAAUUGAUGGCAAAGAAGCUCACGGUGAAGAGGCAGCCGUGGACCUGACAGAUGCUGAGCUGAAGCUCAGUGAGCUCUGGCGUCAGAUCAUGCCGCUCGACCCCGGUCCACUUACCGCUGAUUCCGAAUUCUUCUUGGUUGGUGGUAGCUCGAUUCUCCUGGUGAGAUUACAACACCUUCUGACAGAGUCAUUUGGUGCUGCGCCCGAACUUGUUUCUAUGAUGGGAGCGCCUAUUUUGGGAGAAAUGAGUGCGGUGAUAGAAGCCAGUCGUCCAAGCUUCACUAUUGACUGGGAAGCCGAGGCUGAGCUUCCUGAAUGGGCUGUGCAGCACAACACCGACCGAUCGCAAAAUAACGGUCCCAUCACAAUCCUUCUGACAGGAUCGACUGGUUACAUUGGGCGUCAUUUGCAACCAAUUCUGGCAAACGAUGAGAAGAUCUCUCGGGUGUUUUGCCUGAGCCGCGGACCGCCCACAGAUAGUACUAACGGCAAUCCCAAAGUGAGCAUCAUUCAGACCGAUAUUUCGCAGCCUAACUUGGGCAUCUCCGAUGAACUCUAUGCCACCUUAAUCGCGGAAGUUGACAUUAUUGUUCACUGUGCCGCCAACCGUUCCUUCUGGGACCGAUAUGAGGUGCUUCGACCCGACAACUACGACUCCAUCAAAGAGCUGGCACAACUAGCCACAAUGACAGCUCGCUCCGCCCCUCUACAUGUUUUCUCAUCCGGCGCUGUAGCGACGUACGACAACAGUUCCUUGCCACCUCAAGAUGGGAGUGAAGGAUACCUAUCCACCAAAUGGGUCGCAGAGAAAUUCCUGCGAAAGUUCGCUGAAGUGACCAGAAUUUCUGUUUACAUACAUCGCCCUGAACCACAAGCAUGCCUCGAUACAACUCAGUCAAGUUCCAGUGUAACUGCGGUACUUGAUCAAUUGAUCAACAUCUCUGUUCAAUUAGGAUUGAGACCGACCUUCCACAACAUCACAGGCUCAGUACACCUCCAGCCUGUGGAUCCAUUUGUCCAGUCCAUUCAUAAGACUCUGCAUGACUCUCUCGGAGCUGAUAGCAGUUUUGACUGCAGCCAAGACCACUUCAAAAUCCUACACCAUGAGGCGACUCUUCGCGUCUCUACGAAAGACAUUGAGGAACGCUUCAAUCAAGAUGAUUCCGUGCGCGGUCUACCAGGUUUCCCAUGCUUGGAAUGGUUUGGAAAGGCUAAGCGAGUCGGUCUCAGCUACGUCUUUACGUCCUGGGAAUUGGUUAUGGGAUCUGAUAGUCAGGUUGUUACCCGACGAUAG